AUUCCCACUUUCUACUCACAAAACAUUAUCUCUUCUUUUGUGAGUAAGUAAUUGUUUAUUUCGCUCCUAAAAAAUGUCUCUCAUUAAAAUAUCAUUGUUGUCUCUCUGCUUGAUAUCUGCUCAGGCAGCUAGGUUUGACAUCGUAAACCAAUGCGCCUACACCGUGUGGCCAGCGGCCACACCCAGCGGUGGAGGUCGGCAGUUGGACCGAGGCCAAUCAUGGCCUCUGGACGUCCCAGCUGGAACCUCAAUAGGUCGAAUUUGGGGCCGAACUGGUUGCAACUUCGACGGUUCAGGCCGUGGUAGUUGUCAAACUGGUGAUUGCGGUGGUGCCCUCAGUUGCAGCUUAUCCGGUAAAAGUCCGCUCACUCUUACCGAAUUCACACUUAAUGGUUUCAACAAUCAGGACUCCAUUGAUUUAUCUGUGAUUGAUGGUUUCAACAUUCCAAUGCAGCUUAGUUCAACCUCUAAUGCAUGCAACAAAGUAUUAAACUGCAGGGAUUCUAAUUGCCCUGAUGCUUAUCAUCACCCCAAUGAUGUUAAAACGAAUACAUGCCCAGGUGGUACCAACUACAGAGUUGUCUUUUGUCCUUGAAAUCGUUGAGUUGAACCUUCGUUUUCCAUCUAGUAGAUAAAACAAAAUACUAUGUUGUUUUGUGUCUGCUCUUUAAUGUAAAACAAUAGUUUACUCGUGAAAUUAUUGCUAAUAAUAAUUUCUCGAGAACGCAAUAUAUGGAAUAAAUGGUCUUACUUA